AACCUAUACUCGUAAAACACACUGAAAAAUAAUCCCUGAAAUUUGCGAUCAAACAUGAGCCAGGAACAGCCACGGAGACGACCUGACCAGUCCCCCGGUCAGGAACCCCUCAAGUACGGCGACGUUUUCAAUGUUUCAGGGGAGUUGGCAUCCCGUCCCGUUGCACCCCGAGACGCUGCCACAGCCCAGGCUGCUGAAAACCUAGUUCUCGGAGAGACUCAGAGGGGCGGCCCGGCUGCAGUCAUGCAGUCGGCAGCCACUUACAACGAGCGCGCUCGGCUCGUUGGCCACAGAGAUGCCACAAAAGUAGCCAGAGAAGAAGGAGUGUCUGUUACAGAAGGAAUUAAUCCCGAUGGCAACCGCGUUGUUACCGAACACGUUGGUGGACAGGUUGUGGCCAAAUAUGUGGAACCGCCUUUGCCGAUGGGAUCGCCAGGAGGAGCGCUGGACCGUGAUGCAAUUACAAUUGGUGAAGCUCUCGAGGCCACUGCUCUGUCAGCAGGCGACAAACCCAUUGACAAAAGCGACGCCGCUGCAAUACAAGCCGCCGAGAUGAAAGCCACUGGGAGAACCGAAAUAGAUCCCGGGGGUGUUGCGGCCAUGGCUCAGUACGCAGCUUCUGUUAACCCGCGCGACGUCAACAAGAAAAAACUAGGCGAUGUGCUAGAGGAUGCGACUCAAAAGCUGCCAGCGGACAAAGUUGUGACGAGGGAGGAUGCGAAGGCGGUGAUAGGGGCAGAGAUAAGGAACAGUCCGACUAUGAGCACCACUCGUGGAGGUGUGGCUGAAUCGUUGGCCGCAGCCGCGAGGCUUAACCAGAACACUGGAAAAUAAACCUACAAGUCUAGAUCUAUAUAAUGUAUACGUACAGAUAUAUAUGUGCGCACGCAUGCAUGGUUAAUUUUGCGGUUGUAACCUUCUCAAGGAGUUUUUAGUUUCUGUUAGUGCUACAAGUUGCUACAAUAAUGUAGACAUAUAUUUUGCGUUAUAAGGAGUUGUCUAGUCAAUCAUGUAACCCAAGUGUUUGGUUUAAAGUAUAAACAUGUUUCCAUA